AUUCCCAUUAUAUUUAUGCCACGUCAUUCCCAAAUAUAAACGAAUGUCAAAGGAUAGCUCAGAAGAGCUCCAGUAACGGAGGGAUAAUUGUGCCACUAUGCAUAAACAUGGAAUUUUUAUUCAGUUAAAGAUUUAGACCUAUGCAAAAAAUGAAUCAUUUAUUUUUUCAAUUUGGUGAAUGCCAUCAACUUAUAUGCUCUUGCAGUGGAUAUAAGGUUCUGUCGAGCAUAUUGUGUGAAAUACUAAAACCAUAUACCAGCUCACUGAUUGGACUUUAUCAGUAUGGUUUUAGACUUGAAAAAACCAGCAUCGACCAGAUCUUCCUACUACACCAAAUCCUGGAAAAAAUCCAUGAAAAAGAUAAUGUCAUAACUCAUCAUCUCCUUGUCGAUUAUAAGUCUGUUUUCGAUAUCCGAUAAGGAAUCGCCUAUAUGCCACAAUGUCUGAGUUCGGUAUUCCCGCAAAACUGAUCCGACUUUGCAAAAUGAUAUUGAGCAACAUGUCCAGCGCUGUCAAGGUAGGUAAAUUCCUCUCCGAAUCUUUCAAUACUGACUAUCGUGCGACCUCUGCAAAUGGAAGGAGUGUUACAGAGAGCCGGCGUUCAUCGAAAUGACACUAUUUUCACCAAAAGUGUCCAGCUCACUGCAUAUGCUGAUGACAUUGGCAUCAUAGGGCACUGAAAUUGUGAAGGAAUUUAUAUGACUUCCGGCGUUACAACAACAAACGAUGUCAGCCUGGACUUACAUAGACGAAUCACGCUUGCAAUAGGUGUUACUAUGGCCUCAGUAGCAAAUGUGUAGCAGAGACCUCUCUCGCCCGACAAAAUUGACACUCUACGAGACGUUCAUCUUACCCGUGCUACUCUAUGGCGCUCAAACAUAGGUUGUGUUGCACACUGAUGCAGCUGCACUUGGGAUAUUCGAGAGAAAGAUACUUAAGAUGCAUAGUUAAGAGCAUCAAUAUUUAGCGCUUGCGCUGACUGGGCCACGUCGAGCGUAUAAAUGCAGAAAAUCCAGGCAAAAGGCAAGCCUAACAUCGCUUGGUGUAAUAGAUUGGAGAAGGCGCGCGUAAGGCAGAGACGCUUGGCGAGACUUGUUGUAGUCAGCCUUAAUCCGGUAACGGAUUGUGAGCCUUGAGGCCAUACAGGAACCAUUGCCAUACAACCAAAUGCAUAAUGUUUUGACCGGUUUUACACCGGAUCAUAUUUCUUCCGGACUUCGACAAUUGCCUCUACAUGAUAUUUGAUUUAAUAAGUAGGCUGCUGUAUUUGCAGCUUCUGCCCAGAAGAGAUUAAAAAUACGCGAGUGGUUACAACGUAAGAUGACGACUACUUUCUAUUUAGUAAAAGAAAAGCCAUAUAUACAAUGGAAUAAUGGAAAGGAGAAAAGUAAAAGCAUAUCAAAAAAUGCAGGUGAUUGGAAGGCGAAAGCUACCGCACUUGAAGAUAAAUGGAAUCUCAACCCCUGCAUUGGGGCUAUCGAUGGCAAACACGACCAUAUCAAAAAAGAAGGGGAAGCGGAUGGUAGAGUUUCCGAUGCAGAUGAAUGAAAGUCGUCACAGCAAUACGGAAGUCAUCUGUAAAUCUUGUUUUGUCUACAACUUCCGCUACUUUUAGCUACUUUUUAAAAAUUCUUAGCCACUUGUAUAUGUGUAGGUGUAUGUACAUACGAGAGGAUGCACUGUGUGUCGGACGAAUUCAGUGAGUGACCAAAACCCUUCAAUGCUAAAAACAGAUCAUAAAAACAAUUAAAAUCAUUUUGAAAUAGUCUUUGAUAGAAAUAUAAGGUCAACUCAACAAAUUCACAAUAAAAAUUUGUAAAAAUUAAUUUCUUCUACCCAUAGAAUCCGUAGAUGCGGUUACGAU